CAAAUUCUGUGUCCCUCAGUAACAAUUCUGUGUCUGUCCCUGAGUAACAAUUCUGUGUCCCUCAGUAACAAUUCUGUGUCCCUCAAUAACAAUUCUGUGUCCCUGAGUAACAAUUCUGUGUCCCUGAGUAACAAUUCUGUGUCCCUCAGUAACAAUUCUGUGUCCCUGAGUAACAAUUCUGUGUCCCUCAGUAACAAUUCUGUGUCCCUCAGUAACAAUUCUGUGUCCCUCAGUAACAAUUCUGUGUCCCUGAGUAACAAUUCUGUGUCCCCCUGAGUAACAAUUCUGUGUCCCUCAGUAACAAUUC